GUCGCCAUAUUCGUAACACAUUCUGAUAAAGAAGUGGACAAUCAACUUCGGAUGGGAGACUGUGGAGAGUGCCAUAACAUGUUGGAAGACCGAAUAUCACAAUUGCCUGAUUCGCUAAUACAUCAUAUUUUCUCAUCCCUUCCCACCAUUUAUCUAGUCCGAAUGGGUCGUCUUUCCAAGCGUUGGAGACGUAUGUGGGUUUCAACUCCCUUUUUAUAUUUUGACGAUUUCUGUAUUAUUGCUUUAAACAAGAAUGUGAGGACUCGAGAUAUGGUCUUAAAGUUGAUGACCUAUUAUUUGAGAUAUCGCAAGCAUUGUAUGCAGAUUCCAGAUACCUUUCUAUUAAGUUUUAGGUUUGACACACAUCAUAUGUCUGCAAGAAGCAGCAGUGAUAUCAGAAUUAUAGAUGAUUGGUUAAACUUUGUUGUUAAAAGUAAAGUGAAGGAGUUAACUCUCAGUUUCGAAAAGUAUUGUUUGCCUCAGUUCAUUCUUAAUGCAAGUUCAUUAACACUCUUGAAGUUGACUUAUUUGAAGUUGGUUGCCCCUACUCCUUCAACCUUUCCCUCUUUGAAAGUUCUCUCAUUGCUUUCUUUCGAAUCUGAUGUUAAAUCACUUCAAAAUCUUAUAUCCGGAUGCCCUAUUAUUGAGGAAUUGUAUUUAAGAACAUAUGCACUAGGACCUAUAGAUUUCGUUGUCAGUGGAACACUUAAAAAUCUCUCAUUAUCUGUGGAUUUUAAUGAACAGUGGUUGAACGGCCUAAUUUCUAGACUUCCUCUCCUUGAGAGAUUAGCUUUAGAAUCCCAUACAAUGAAAAAUAUUAGCAUCCGUAGUCAUAGCCUGAAAUAUGUUUUCAUUAAGUCAUUCGAUACGGUUGAGGAGGUUGCACUUACAAUUACAACGCCAAAUCUAGUUUGCUUGCACCUUACAUGUUAUUCCCGGAAUAUCAUUUUGGUUGAAGCUCCAAAUCUGUUGGAAGCCAGUUUGACCCUCGAAGAUCGUGGUGGUAUGCUUAAAGCUUCAUUGAUGGAUCUUGUACAUCUUCUUUCAAAUCUGAAUUUCUUGAAGAAAAUGAUGCUGACCAUUAGGGAUGAAGAGGUUCUCAUCCUUCUAAAAAGCAUAAGAAAAUAUUGCCCUUCUCCAUUGCUGAAUCUGAAGCAUCUGAAGGUGAAGAUUCGUGAUGGUAGGUUGUAUGAAACUGCAAAAUUGCCGGAUUCUUUGCUAUGGUGUGCACCUUGUUUGGAGACUCUUGAAAUGGUAUGAAACAACUGUAAUCAGUUAUUAGGAUAAUGCAUUAGUGUUUGUAAUGGUAAAGAGAAUGAGUUUGUAGGCAUACAAAUUUAAUGUACUUUUCUUUUUUAAGACUAAAUUGUUUGUUGCUUAUUUUAAUUUACCUUCAAUGAAGUGCAUGUU